AUGUCAUCUCCAACCUUGGAAGCAUUCAAUCCAGUAGUCGCCCUCCUCCGCGAACAUGUCAUCCCAAUACCCCCCUUAUCAGAAUCCACCAAUUCCCUGAGACGAUUCUGUUCGUCCCUUGUCUCACCAGAAACAAAGAUUGUCCUCAUUGGAGACGCCUCUCACGGUACCUCCGAGUUCUACACUGCUCGUGCCGAGCUUACCAAGCAUCUUAUUGAACACCACGGGUUCAACAUCGUGGCUGUCGAGGCCGAUUGGCCGGACGCCGAGGCAGUCGACCGGUAUGUACGACAUCGACGCAAGACACCGCGCUCGCACGAAGCCAGCAUAGGUCCCCAGGGAGAAACAAUCAAGGCGGGUCGUGAGCCAGCUUUCUUGCGUUUUCCGACGUGGAUGUGGCGCAACCAGGAGGUACAAAGGUUUACUGGGUGGCUAAGAUUGCAUAAUUUGGGAAAGGAUCCUAGGGUUGUGGACAGCGUAGGGUUCUAUGGGCUAGAUCUGUACAGCCUGGGGACGUCAAUGAAAGCAGUAAUCGAGUAUCUGGAAGGUGUGGAUGAAGAGAUGGCGGAGAAGGCGAGACAGAGGUACGGAAGAAUGAUGCUCUGGGCUGAAGAUCCCCAUGAAUAUGGUUUGGAGGCCCUUGGCGCAGGCUUCAAGGGGUGUGAGCAGGAUAUUGUCAACAUGCUGAAGGAUUUGUUGGAAAAAAGGUUAGAAUACGUGGAGAAAGAGGGCGACGGAGAAGAGUUUCACGGCGGAGAACAGAAUGCGCGGUUAGUUAAAGAUGCCGAGCAGUAUUACAAAGCCAUGUAUUAUGGCCGGGAUGAGUCCUGGAACCUGCGCGAUAGGCACAUGUUCGAGACUCUAGUACGCGUUAUGAAGCAUCGCAGAGAGCAAGGCCCGGCUAGGGCGGUGGUCUGGGCACACAACAGCCAUAUUGGAGACGCACGAGCGACCAGCAUGGGCUGGGCACGCGAAGAGCUGAAUAUUGGGCAGUUGUGUAAGGAAUCAUUUGGCAGACAGGCCGUGAACAUUGGCUGUUCUGGUUAUACGGGCACCGUAGCUGCCGCCCGUCGCUGGGACGGAGACAUGCAGGUGAUGCAAGUCCGCCCUGGAUUACCUAGCAGCUAUGAGGCUCUCAUGCAUGCCACAGAGAUUCCAAGCUUUGCUCUCGACCUUCGGGAAGGUCAUUGCGACAGACAACUGCGCCAAGAGCUCAUGAAGAAGCGACUAGAGCGGUUCAUUGGGUGCUUCCUGAGCAGUUCGAUGGCAGAGGAUUUGACCCAGCGGCAACUCCCAAUUAACAACUGCAUCAUUAUGUCUGAAGCAAAGAAUCGUGAGCGAGGACUGCGAGCCGCUCUGAACAAUCCUCGGGUUUCCGAGGAGGCGAAGAAGCACGAUCGGGAGCUCCUAGAGAAGGAGUUCGGCGAGCACUUUGAGGAAAGCAAGACGCCAGAAAAGGCUCGGCGCGCUUCUCACAGCAAACAUCAGCCAAAAGUCACCGAGAGUGCUGCAAGUGGUUCCCAAGAAGCUCAGCCAGCUGCCAGGAAAGGGCGCAGAGCCUCGAGUGGGGAUGCGCCCCUGCAUCAGAUUGGAGAGGAGAAAGAGAGAGCAAAUGUCAUACGUGGGCUCAAGGCUGCUUUGAAGAACCCACAUGUCUCUGAAAAAGCUAAGGAAGUCGACAGAAAGAAACUUCAAGAACUGGGGGAGAAUAUUGAGUAG